AUGGAGCUAGCUGAUUCGAAGUCCACAAACCCAAAACAGUGCGUCCAACACCGCCACCUCUCGCUUGACCUGAGAAAUUGCCACCGCGCUGCUCCCAUCCCCCUUCUCUCCCAAAUUCAGCGACAUCAAUGGCAUCCAACGCCACCGCAUCUGCUCCGGAAUCGCCGUCGUCGCUCGGUAACUCCUCAGUUGGUGAUGAUGUCCGUAAUCUUGGUGGACGCGGUGGAGGUGGGCGGUGGAGCUGUUGCGUUGGGGGCCGAGGAGAGUGGGAAGAUCGAAGAAGAACUGAGAUCCAACGAGAGUGCGAAGAGGACGGGGUGGGAGGCCUUGGCGUCUGGCGAUUCCCUCCAAGUUUCCAUUGCUCUUCCUCCCGGCUCCCUCCAUCAUAAUCUACUCAAGACUCACAGUUUGCAACCAGGAUUGCAUGCUGCUACACCUGCUACAGCUAUACCUGACCACAGCUUGAUCAAUGGCCUCCCAUUGAAGAUCGAUUGUGGCAGGGUUGUGGAUGCAGAUGCUACAGUUUCAACUGGCUUUAAAGACUGGAAGAAGUGGCGUUUGGUUGUUUCUUAUGAUGGGACCCGGUAUGCUGGCUGGCAGUUUCAGGAAUCCCCUCCUACUAUACAGGGGUUACUCGAAAAAGCCCUGACUCGAGCGACCAAGCUGGAGAGGAAACAUCUUCAAGUUGUCGGAGCGAGCAGGACUGAUGCUGGAGUUCAUGCUUUGGGCCAGGUCGCACAGUUCCUCACUCCUUUCAACUACGACUCCUUGGACCGCGUUCAUGCAGCUCUCAACGGCCUACUACCCGAAGACAUUCGAGUACGAGAGAUUGCGCCGGCUCUGCCUGAAUUCCAUGCUCGAUUCUCGGUCACCAGCAAGCUCUAUCGUUACAAGAUCUAUAAUGAUGCGGUGAUGGACCCACUCCUGCGCCACUAUGCCCACCACAGCCAUUACAAACUCGAUACAUCCGUCAUGGCGGAAGCUGCCACGCAUUUUGUUGGGAGUCAUGAUUUCUCGGCCUUUGCCAAUGCAUCUCGCAAUGAUCGAGUGCCUAAUCCUGUCAAGACAAUUCUCCGCUUUGAUGUUUCUGAAAUGGGGCAAUUGAUCCAGCUGGAUGUUGAAGGCACCGGUUUCUUGUACAGACAAGUGCGUAACAUGGUUGCUUUGCUGCUGCAAAUAGGAAAGCAAGCUAUCCCUCCUGAUAUAGUACCAAUGAUCUUGGCGAGCCUUGAUCGCAGGGAGCUCGCCAAGUAUGCUCUGGCGGCCCCACCUCACGGUCUCUGCCUUGUCUCUGUCAAUUACAAUCAAGAUCAUCUCCCGCUUCCCAAACUGGGAUCUCCCGCAGUUAGUUUUGGCAGGCAUCACACUAUCAGCAGGUGUAAGCUCCCGCCAUCACUUCUGUAG